AUGAGGGACCAAUCAGCUGGGAACAAUUCAUUUCUGCGAUGGAGUGAAGUCAACAUUUUCUCACCACCAGUUCUGAAUGAUACUACUCAAGAAGCUCUGAGACUAAAUGAACUGCUGGCUCGGCCACAAGUUACAUGCAGUCACAAAAUUAGGAUCGGCGAAGAACCGACUUUCGCAUUCUGCAACGACUCUAAAUAUUUCGCUGAUGGGAAGAAGAUUGGAGAAGUGUUUGUUAUCAGCGGUUCGACUACAGAAGACAAGUCCUUUAUUGAAUCCUUGAAUCCUUCCAGAUGGACCAUGUUUGUUACGCAAGGAUUUGAGCCUCUUGAAGAGCUAGAAGACGUUGGCGCGUUUUUGUUUUUUUUUCCUACCUAUGUGUUUCUCGUUAAACAUGUUGAAUUACGUUAUCUUUUGGACUUGAGGGAGAAUGAUGACUGGGAACUUGAUUCAGUCAUAUCUGCGGUAUUAAAAACUAAACAGUUGCAACUGGUUGUAAAUAUUGAUGUUUCUGAUGGCAACCGGGUCAUUUCGCAGUGGUAUAAUGCCUUGUACAGAUUAUUUUUCAAUUACAACUACGCUUUGUUUAGCGCUGAUUCCAGCUCACCUCUGGAGGAAAGGAAGAGAUUUUUAACUUACUUACUGGAUAAAAAUGAGGGGUACUGUUUUAAAAAAGUCAGAGGGGAAGACACCCCGUCUUUCUGCACAAACUUCCUAUCCAACUCGACAAACUGUUCUGUCCUUCUCGUGAAAUACGGCAUCGUAACUUCUGACGACAUUCAGUACCCUCCUUCAUGUCAGAUCACUGUUGUUUCACCAGUGCCAAACCCACUGAGUGGAAGCGUUUAUCGUUCAUUCAAUGUUGGGAUUUCUUUGAAAAGCAAUGAAGAUAUGCAAAUACCUAGUUCUGAAGUUAGUGAGCCUUGGCGUUUGGUUCCUCUUUCAAAGAUCAUACAAAAUAUCUCUCUUGAAACUACGCAUCUUUUAAUGCUUGACCUGGAAGGCAGUGAGUGGGAUGUUUUUGACUGUAUUUUAUCUACACCUGAGCUAGACAGGAUGAAGUAUAUCGGACUAAAAUUGAGGCUGUGGACUGGUGAAGAAAACGAAAAUUAUCGCAAAUUUUUGUUACAUUUCCUUAAUCUAGAAAAAAAAGGAUUUCGAAAAGUCGCUGGAGUCAAAGUGACCGAUAAUUCUUUCGAAGUUCUUUAUAAAAGCGGAUGA